CAGUGUUUAGUGACGCUGAGCGAUGUAAGCGGGAGCGCGCACGCCUGUCUGCCGGGAACCCGCCGGCUGCUAAGCGUCCUUUUCGGUUCCCGUGGCAACCCAAACCACAAGUCAAAGCACACGGAACAAGAAAGGGAGAGCUACAGAGGGGUUGCGGUUCAAAAUUUCGGGUCUCCUAAAUCCACCUUGAACCCUGACAAAGACGAAUCUUGACGGGCCGCAAGGAAGUUGAAUGAUGGAGAACCUAUGCCACACCCUAGCGCCGUUGUCCCCGUGUCCCGCCGAUUUCGGGGGGCCCUUGUCUCCCUCUUGUCACAUGACCUCCCUUCCCCUGUCGCCCAUCUCCUUCCCUCCGUCGCCGACCAUGGCCGAGUCCCUCACAUCUUCCUCCUCAUCUUCCUCCUCUUCAUCCUCCUCGUGCUCUCCCCUUUCAAACUGCAUGGCAUCCCAACACCUGGAGGGUUCCCUGAACACGUGGGACCAGGAUGACCUGACGUGCCUCAGUUGGCUGCACCAAAGGGGCAACCUUCUCCCUCUCCAGCCACUCCCCAAAGCCACCCGACCUCAGCCCAGAGGGGAGUCCGGACGGGAUCCCGCCUCGACCAAGCCACCGUACUCUUUCAGCAGCCUGAUUUUCAUGGCCAUAGAGGAGUCGGUGGACAAGAGGCUGCCGGUGAAGGACAUCUACGGCUGGAUCAUGGACAAGUUCCCCUACUACAGGACAGCCAGCGCGGGAUGGAGGAACUCAGUCAGGCACAAUCUGUCUUUGAGCAAGAGCUUCUGCCGCAUGGAGAGGGAAAAAAGUCAGUCGGCGGGGAAAGGAUCUCUGUGGCGCGUGAAUCCAGAUCAUCGAGCGGCACUGCUAGAAGUUCUUCGGAAGACGCACGCCUACCACAGCAACAGCACCAGCCUCAUAAAUCAACCUGCCCUGUUGGAAGGUGUGGACUAUGGCGUGUCUGUAGUGUGUGACUCCAUGGAAAUGUCAGAUUGCCUCCCUCACACACUGAUGCUGUCUGCCCCAUCGCCCGACACCCCCAGCCGGGAUAAUCCUGCUUUCUCUGAACACCCGGAUUUCCCCUUGACCCCAGAGCAUGAGGAGCUAGUGGCCAUUGAGCCAGUGGAAUACCAAGCGGAGGAUCUGAGCGGGGACUUGAGCAAAGACCCACUGGCCGACAGCGGCUACAUCGAGUUGCACUACUACCAGUCUCCCGAGUACCAGUACCUGGUCUUACCCGAUGACACCGAGUUGGACCUGGAGACGGUGGAGAUCCUACAGCUGGACACUGAGGCACAGGAGGCAGCUGGUUCGCUGCUGGAUUUAGCGGGGAGUGGGUGUUAAGAGCCUUUUUGGUCAUCACUGUAUCCUUGUCGGCACCAACGUCACUGCCCAAUGAUUGCAAAACUUGUAUUUUUU